AUGGGUUUGGAAAAAGACCUCUUCGCGUUGAAAACGGAUGAGGGGUACACGAGAAUAACCGUAAAUAAACGCACGGGUGUCACAUGGAGUUUUAUUGCUAGAUCAAACUCAACCCUCGGCUCGGCGAUGCGGAUGCAAGUGUGCUAUCAUGGCAAGUAUCAAUCCGUUCAUUCUGUAACCGAAGAUAUAUACAAUUUGCUGGAAAUGAACAGCACGGUGCCGGUAGCACGUUGGCGAAUCAAGAUGAGGCGCAGUUCUCAGCGCUCGAAUAUCCGAGAAGACUCUUCCGGGUCUCGGAAUAUCUUUACUUACAGCAGAUUCGAGUUUGAAGAUUGCUUCGACGGCACUCCAGGACCCAGGCCUUCUUUUGAACACAUGGGUCGGUCUAUACGCCGUCCUAUACUACGCGACUUUUUUACCCCGACCGCGAGACAGUGGAAAGGCAAGGAGAAAGCCGUAGAACUGCAGGAUGUGGAAUAUGCUCAGUGUGCCGAGUGUGCCGAAUGGCUCUUGGGAACAACACAUGAUUCAUGUUGCGUCAUGAGACACUCCGUAUGGUGUCCGAGACGAAAUCGUAUGUUCAUGAUCAGUGACACGGUGCCCCGUCGACCGCAAUCAUUGAAGCGUUCUGCAAGUCCUCCAAAUGUUCGGCGCUAUUCUUCAUCUCUCCCGUCGUGUUCAAAUUCUUCACGAUUAAAUCCUCUCUCGACGACUUUGAUGUCCUCAUUGGCCCCUCAAACAUUCGAGGUUCCACCCUCUCCUUUGAACCACUUCCUGUCCCUCCUGCCAGAAAACCACCCAUUUAACCCGGAUGACGCAUGGAAUACUUACCAGACGCUCAUUGACUCUGACGAUCACCAAUACCUGGAACCGUUAGACGUCUUGAACUUUGCUCAAAAGCUCUCUACUGCUAUAGAGGCGGGCAGUGACCACAAGAGUGGUGUAUCAUACUAUCAGGAGUGGGGCACACGACUUGCCGCGCUGAAUCAGCGGCUGGAGUCCAAGUUCGAGAAGCAUUCAAGCGAAGACCUGAUGAGAUUGAAACUCGUUGCAAAAGCCUACGCAUUUAUAGGAGAUCUGGACCAUGCAACCGUCCGCCGCCCGCGAGUUGUCGGAGAGUGGGCCGACAUUGGCGCGCAUCUCUUGCCUCUUUCUCUUCGUUCUCAGGAUUGGGACACCGAUGUGGGGUCCUCAUCGUUCCAAGAUACGAUUUACUCGAUUUUGGCCAAUAUACCGGAUUGCGCAUCUCUGUUAGCAAAUCGGCGGCACUGGGAUAGGGAGGCACGGCAGCGUAUAGCAGUCCUGCUGCUGGACGUCUGUUGCUGGGAAGCUCUGGCAGAGGAUGCGUAUGCAUUGCUGAAAGAGAUGCGAGCACAGCAGCUAUCAAUACAAAUUGACCUGCAAUUACAAGUGGUCCGCUUGCUUGUCCGCGCCGACUCCUUCAUUCGCGCCAAUGAACUCUACAGACUCAUAUCAAACUCGACGGAUGCCCAGCACAAAUUCUUCAUUUCCACCGGAAUGUUCCUUGCGGCACAUCAGGGUGACUUUGACCGCGCCGAGGAGUACUAUACCCAACUCAACGCAGCGCGGUGGAUUGCAUCGGAUGAUAAAGCCAUGCUCAUGCAUGCAUAUGCAGUUGCUGGACGAGUGCGCAAAGUCGUCGAACUAUUUCACGAGUUCUUCCCCGAUCCGGCGAAUCCGCGACUCGCGUCGAAGCCGUCAAUCGUGCACUACAGCAUCCUGGUGUAUGCACACGCAGAGCGUGCGGAUUACGAUGGGCUCAACUUCUGGCUCCAGGCUAUGUCGAAGGCUGGAAUAGUUCCGGAUAUCUAUGUCUACAACAUCAUCCUCAAAAGCUUCGCUAUGCGUGGAGAAGUAGAGUCCGUCUCCGCUGUUUUGGACCAGAUGCGCGCUGCCAAGAUCAUGCCCACUCGUGUUUUGUACACAACCGUCAUAUCCCUUCUCGCACAUAGGAGGGACCCGGUAUCUGCUGAAGCCAUAUAUAAACGUGCAUUGCGUGAAGGGAUAACUCCUGACCGCAAGAUGAUUACUUCUCUCAUGAAUGCACAUGUGGAAGCUGGAUCUUGGGCGGGGGUAGUGCGCAUUUUCGACUACCUUAAAUCCUCUCGAACCCCUCGCCUUCGGCUCUCGGUAGAAGUCUACAAUACUCUGUUGAAGGCUUACGUCCUUAUCGGCGCCCCAUUUCACGUCGUCUCCGGCAUCUUUCGCAAGCUCGAGUCCAUGGGCGUGAAGCCUAAUGGUCGAAUGUAUACUCUCAUCAUCCAGUCAGCCUGCGAUGCAGGAUUCAUGAACAUCGCCAACAAGAUUUUCGCCGAGAUGCAGGUAGUCGCAGAAGACUGGCACACAACUGACCGCGUCGACGCCUUCGUGAUGACAGUCAUCAUGGCUGGUCAUUUGCGGCUGGGCGACAAACGCAGUGCAAAGGCUGUUUACGAUGACAUGUGUGGGCGGGGCAUUCAGCCCACAUCUGCCACAUUCCAUCACAUCCUCCGUGCUUAUGGUAACGAGAAGACCGAAGAAAGCCUCCAAAUUGCAGAGGGUUUUCUGAAGACCAUCAUGGCUGGUGGAGAACCUUCACUGGGUAGCUUGACAGUGCUCCUCGAUGCCUAUCGUCGUUCUGGUGACAUUGAAGCCGUCCGUAGGCUUUGGCCGCAAUUAUGGCAACUCGCAUUACGCUUCUUGAAGACGGAUUCUCUCUUCGAAGGAGAAGAUGAUAACCCGUCCGACCCCAUGAAACGACAGGCGAAUCUUCUCUGCGUUCCCCUAUCCAUUUAUAUCGACGCACUUUCUGCGGCUGGGGAACACUUCGCCAUUGCCGAGAUGUGGGGAAAAGCGAGAUCUCAAGGUUUCAGCUUCGAUUCACAUAACUGGAAUCAUUUGGCGGUUGCUCUGGUCCGCGCGGGCGAACCGGAGCGGGCCUUCGAGAUAGUCGAACGAGUGUUACUCCCUUAUCAGCGCCAGAGCGAGGCUGUACUUCGUGGUAGAGACUUGUCUCCCGAUUCGCCUCUCACUUUCGACAUCAGUCCCGCAGACGUUAGUCAACCAGCGUCCCAGUCGCCAAUGCACCGGAGCGAACGCCGAGCUUAUCAAUCGAAAGUAGCUACUAAGAGAUCCGGCGACGCGUUGGAAAUGGGCCCAGCCUCGGAUGAUUUUGCCCAUCCUUUACACGUACUACACCAAAUUUCCCCUUCCUGGAACGUUUGGCGCCCCCAUCGCGCUUUACUGGACUUAUUGUCAGGAGUGCUGCGCCAUCUGGGAUCUGGAAUGACUAUCCAGCCGGUGGGAGACCGUAACUCUGCGCCACAGGAACUGGACCCCGACUCUGAAGAAGUUUUCACUCGUGGAAAACUUCCGCGAGAAAUGCUUGACCGCAUAUAUCUCAAUUAUCCUGAUACAAUCCAGACCAUACGCUUACACGAGCGUUGGACCACGCGGAAAUCUUCGUUGACGCAAUUGGACAAUGGGUGGUAG